UUCUUAUAAUUUCUAAUAAUGGCAGGAAAUUUAUCAAGUGACAUCUGCCAUCCAUGUUUGAAGUAGUAGAUGACAUUUUUAAUUUUACUUAUUGUUCAAACCAAAUUAAAACUCUUUUCAUGGUUGCAAUAUUCAUAAACAUUUACAUUAAGUUUUUAAUAACACUUAGUAAUAAAUGAUAUGAAUGUAGGAAUGGGAUAUCGGGGUAGGUGGCAACUCUACGCAGGCGAGGAACGACAGAACAUGAAACGAACGGACAGAGGACGAAAUAGGAAAAACGGACAAGGUAUAGACAGUCAAGUAAGAUACACAGAGGCGUGCGCAACGAUCAGUCGUCAAACUGUUGCGCCGGGUAGUUCGGUAGUUCUAAGUGGCCAAUUAGUAUAUAAGCAUCUACAUAUGUACUUUUAAUUGUUUCAAUAAACGUGAUUGUAAGUGAAUAAAGUGUUUUUUAUUACAAGUAAAGUGUGUUUUACUACAAUUUGGGGGCUCGUCCGAAAUUGUGAACAAGUGCGGUGCUAAGUAAAAAAGAGGAAAAAACUAUUACGCAGGCCCGCAGGCAAAUGAAAGUGAAAAGUGAUAUUAGUACGCAGUAGACAAAUUAACGCGCUCGCAAAUAAGCGCAUGUGAAAAGCAACGCAUUCAAAGACAAUUUGAUUUGCGCAAAAACAAAAUCAGACAAUUUGCAGAACAAAGUGCAGUGAAAACGCGGUGUAGGUGCUGUACGUAAAUUUUAACUUCCCCGGAAUUGUGGGUACUCCAACGGACACAGUACCGUUUUACCGGUGAAUAACAGUUAUUCUAAAACAAGUGUCUGGCCAAGUAGUCACAGUUAAAAGUAGAAAAAACAAUCGAAAGCAUUAAAACGAAAGUGCCAAAAGACGUUAGCCGGAAAGAGACAGCAACGUACUUGCGUACUCUUUAUGUGAAUUUGUGUGUGUCCGCUUAUAUUCCGAAAAGCAGCGCAUCGAACAGUUCUGCCAACAGAAAGGAGAACACACAGGCAGCAACGUAUAAACUCUGAGACGCUUUUAUGUAUAUAUGUACUGAUAAACGGCGCAAGUCAAGACAUCGAUCAAGUAUUUACAUAGUGAGAGUGAGCGUGCAUCUACUUGGUACAGCAGGAAGUAUAGCAGCGAGAACAACACAACAGGCAGCAACGUAUAAACUCUGAGACGCUUUUAUGUAUAUAUGUACUGAGAAACGGCGCAAGUCAAGGCAUCGAUCAAGUACAUAGUGAGAGUGAGCGUGCAUCUACUUGGUACAGCAGCAGGCAUAGCAGCGAGAACAACCCAACAGGCAGCAGCAGCAAAUUAGUGACGGCGAGGAGUAACGUAAAUGGAAUUACAUGUAGUCGUGGAGAUUUUGGGUAUUUGUUUUCUCUUAUUUAUAUUGGUUAUAUCUAAUUUAUCCUAAGUUAUUUUGAUUGAAAUCACAUAUGUAUGUCACUGCGGACAAGUAGUUAAAAAUUAUAUCUAAUUCUAAGGUUAAUAUUGUUCAUGCUAUAAGUGUAAGUUUUGUUGUGGUGUAGUCAACAAUUUGUAAGAUGGAUACCGACACGAUUAGGGCAAUGACGGUGGAGAUGCUUAAAGAAAAACUUAGGGAACUUAAUUUAAGUGUUGUCGGUAGGAAAAAAGAAUUGCAGCUGCGAUUGCUACAGCAUAUGGUUUUUGAAGGGGAAGAAGAUGCUCCUAGUGAAAAUGAAUCGACAAAUUCAGUUUACGAUGAUGCUCCGGCUGAUAAUUUAGGUGGGCAAAGAGCGAUGUUUACACUGCGCGAUAUAGAAGAUAGUGUUUCGCCAUUUUCUGGUGAUGGUACGCGAGUUACGUCGACGUCGAUGCCAACCACUAUCGGCAUGACCGAUAUGAAUGCAACUGCAAUUCAUAAGAACUGCAAUAAAGAAAUAAUGCCGACGUCAACGUUAACGACCUACCCCAAAACACUUAGAAUUAACUGGUCUACUUAAAUAUUUUCCCUUUUUUUGUUACCGCAACAAUAUUGCGACCACACGAAAUAUGCAUAUCAUAUUUCGAAACAAACCAGGGCACUUACAUUGGAUCACAUUGCAUUUCCGCUGCACAUUUAAUAUGUUCAAACGAAUAUUGCGAUAGCAAUUAACGUCACAAUAAAUAGUGCAACAUAAAUAUUUGAGGGAAUGCAAUUGAUGUAAUGUGAGAAGUAGGCCACUUGACAAAUAUUGUCGCAACUACAAGUGGUUGAGCCAAAAUAAUAAUAAGAAAAGAAAUAAUGUAUUUUGUAUCAGAAAAUAGAACUUAGCUUAAGAAAAUAUUGGAAAUAAAUAAACAGAAGAAUUCUGACGAUCAAUCCGACAAGUCGUAGUUUUCUUUUCGCGGUUCACUAAACUGAAGUUUAAUAACCACAACUGGCGCAGUCGACGGAACUUUGUCCUUAGACAAAGAAAAAGAGCCUGACACAACAUAAAUAUUUUAGAGUGAACUUCUGACAUAUUACGAAAUCUAACUGCCAAAAGUCAUUGAAUCAUUUACUUACUAUUACUAUUGCUUGCGGGUUCAAACAGUGUUACAUCAUUUUAUAAAUACAUAUAAAAGAACUAACUUCUCGAAAAAAAAAACAUAAUUCUACACAUUUAACUACCACAAUGGCAAUCACCAACAACGAUCUAAACCGGAUAUCAGCGUCGGACCUCCUUAAGGAAGCUGCGAAAAUCAAAGAGUUCAGAGGCGACGGGAGCUACGACAUAUCUUCUUUCAUUGGAGAGGUGGAACUGAUCCUGCCCUUGUUCGACGAGAACCAAGCGGUCAAAAAUUAUGUAUGGGAGAGACACAUAAAGACCAAGAUCCAAGGAGAGGCGCUCCAGAUAAUACGGACACUAAACAGAGACUCAUCGUGGGACGAAGUGAAGACAGAACUGAUACGGAACUUCGGAAUAAGGGAAAGCUACCACCAACUCUUCCACCAGGCCAUCACAACCAGGCAGUAUAAUGGGCAAUGGAUCCUGAAACUUUUGAUCCUGACAGCAAUUUGGACCCUGGGGCUGGGACAAGUAACAAUAGAUAAAAUAGAAAGCAACAAAGGAUAUAUAGAAAUACAAACAGGCGAUGCAGAUAUAGUUAAGUCAUAUGUAACAAUAUUACACGUUAUAAAUCCACUAGAAAUAUCAAAUUUACUUAAUGAAAUAGAAUCUAAUAUAAAAUCGGCAAAUCUGCAAGUAGGACAAGCAAUACUAAACAUGCAAAUUAAAUUUAUUAGAAGCAAAAUAAAUACUAUCACACCCCACAGACAAAAAAGAGGCCUACUAAAUGCUGUAGGAACUGUACAAAAAUGGCUUUACGGUACCAUGGACGACAAUGAUAGACAAGACCUUGAACAACACCUCAACAUAAUCGACACAAACAACCACAAGGCUAUCGAAACAAUAAACAAACAAAUAGAUAUUAAUACUAAUUUCAAUAAAACGUUUCUUGAAUUAAAAAGACUUAUGCAUAACGAUAGGGAUAUGAUAUCUGCAAAACUAAACUCCAUAGGGAGCAUAAGUGACAUCGAGCUUAGUAGGGAGAAGCGGAAAUUGUAUGGAAUAGGCAAGGGGCAACUCACGACAUUGGGUUGCUUUGACGCUGAAAUCGAGAUCAACGAGGUGGUGUUGGAAAUUACUUUCCACGUAGUAAGAGAACGCGAUAUACCGUACGCUGCCAUAAUAGGAAGCGAUGUCCUCAAGGACGUGGAACUGGUUUUUAGGCAAGGGACAGUAACGUUCAAGAAAACGAGUACUGGAGUAGUACCGGGUAGUGACGGCACCGGUGGGAAGGUUAGCAAGGCAGAGUCGGAGUGCCAGGGUGGCAGCUCUGAAGAGGUUGAGACCGAGAUGAGGGUCUCGCACCGUAAGUCGGUGGAGUUGACAGGAUUAGUCCAGGGUGAAGUUUCCAGGGAAGGUGUCAGCGUAGAAUGGGGAAAUGGUUUCUUGAGAGAGUUUGAAGCGUUGUGUCUAGCCGAGAAUGAAGGACCAGAAGAGAAGUCGAAGGGAAUCGACGUAUCGCAUUUAGAUGGAAGUAUUGCCAAGGAAGUAGAGCGCCUAGUUAAUACAUACAUGCCCGGAAAGCCGUCAAGCGCACCGGUGCAGAUGAAGCUUAUUCUAUCGGAUGAUAGGCCCGUGUGGCAGCGUCCACGUCGAACGUCAGUUGAAGACCAGCGUUACAUAGAUGAACAGGUGCAAGCCAUGCUAGAAGAGGGGAUUAUACAAUACAGCACUUCGGAAUAUGCAUCACCUGUGGUACUGACGAAGAAAAAAGAUGGGACAAAGCGGUUUUGUUGCGAUUUUCGCAAAAUUAACGAGAGAAUUGUUAGGGACAACUUCCCGAUGGCCCUUGUAGACGAAGUGUUAGAUAAGUUGCAGGGCGCGAAAGUUUUCACAACACUCGACCUAAAAAAUGGGUUUUAUCACGUACCAGUCGAACCUGACUCGCGAAAGUAUACUUCGUUUGUCACCCACAGCGGCCAAUUUGAAUUCUGUUUCGUACCAUUUGGUAUUACCAACUCACCGGCAGUGUUUUGCAGGUUUAUUCGAGCAGUUUUUCAGAAUAUGCUCAAAGAUGAUACGAUUAUCAUAUACAUGGACGACAUCGUUAUUCCCGCCAAGGAUGAGAACGAAUCGUUGGAAAAACUACGUAGGGUACUGAGACAGGCUAGCGAACAUGGGUUACAGAUAAAGUGGGAGAAAUGUCAGUUCAUAAAGAAGCAAAUUAAUUUUUUGGGGUACAUCCUGGAGAACGGUCAAAUUUUACCGUCAGUAGAGAAAACCAGGGCCGUGCGAAACUUUCCUAUACCGACAAGUAAAAAGGAAAUACAGAGGUUUUUAGGAUUAACAUCGUUUUUUAGGCGUUUUAUACGAGACUAUUCCAUAAUAGCCAAACCACUCUCAGACUUACUCAGGAUGGAUGAAGCUUUCAAAAUGGGCGUAGACCAGUUAUUAGCUGUAGAAGAGUUGAAAAAAGCAUUGAUUAACGCACCGGCAUUAAAACUUUUUGACCCUUCUGCGGAAACGGAAGUACACGCAGACGCUUCUAAACAGGGUUUUGGAGCGGUCUUGUUGCAAAGGGAUUCAGAGGAUCGAUUGUUUCACCCUGUCGAGUAUAUGAGCCGCAAAACUACAUGGGCGGAAGAAAAGUAUAGCGCAUUCGAACUAGAGGUUUUAGCAGUGGUUAAGGCAUUGCAGAAAUGGAACCUAUACCUUAAAGAUAGGAAGUUCAAAAUAGUUAGCGAUUGCAACGCUUUCGCCAUGACGGUCAAGAAGAGAGAUGUCCCAGAUAGGGUUAUGCGGUGGGCUAUGUAUCUGCAAGAAUACGACUACAGGGUGGAACACAGGUCGGGGUCGCGUAUGAGGCACGUGGAUGCACUGAGUCGCGUUUAUUGUUUAUUAGCCGAAGAUUCACUAACAGUUAGACUGAGAGAGGCGCAGGAGCAAGAUACGUGGAUUAGAGCAGUGAAGAAGAUCCUGGAAACAGGAAGUUAUGAGAAUUUCUUCUUGAAGAACGGUAUAGUUUAUUGUGACACCAUAAAAGAACUGCUCGUAGUACCAUCCAGCAUGGAAACAGAGAUAAUUAAACUAGCACACGAUCAGAAUCAUUUUGCUCGGAAAAAGACACAGGAACUUGUAGAGAAAAACUACUAUAUACCAGAUUUGACAGAAAAGGUAGCAAAAGUUAUAAAGAGGGAUGCGUGGAAUGCAUAA